GUUUUGCUUGGGAGACCGAGCGUGUGGGAAGCUGCCUUUGUGUCUCUGUGACGGGUGGAAUAGUCGCUCUCGGCACUCCUUUGCUGCGUCGUGAUCCAGCGCUCUCGUUGUUUGUUAGGGGCUGGCGGACGGUCCUCAGCUACCCCCCAGUCAAAACAGUCAAAACAGUCAGAACAGUCAGAACAGUGAGAACAGUGAGAACUCCAGCUCGCCCAGGGGUCGCUACGGUCGCUCUCGGCGUUGACCUUGUUUGUUUUUGCGUCUGAUGAGUGUGGCGAGGGGUUUGGUUAAAGACUCAUUCACUCCAGUCGAUUCGCCUGCCGAACCAGCUCUUUUUUUGAUUGCUUUUCCACAUUGCUGCGACCAUGGAGGCGCCUCAGCUGCCUGUUGAGGGCUUAGCGGAGGGCUUCGACUCACACCAGCAGGAUCAGACGAGUCUGCCGAGUCUGCAGAGUCAGGAUCGGGAAGAGAUGCAGGUCCCCGCGAGCGAGCAGCUGCCUGGACCCGACGAGCAGCAGCAGGAGAAGCGACAGCAACACCAACAGCCUCACGAGCAGCUUCCUGCUGCGGAUUCGGAUACGCUGGCAACUAUCAGUCCAUCUGUCGACGAGAACCCCGUGAACCCCUCCAUCUACCACAACGGCUACAGCAGCGACUCGCGGGCGCACUACUCGUCACGGUCCGUCGAGUACACGGCUUCGCUGCCCGACUAUGCCGCCCAGAACGACGACCAGUCGUCGUCGCGCUUCAACUCGUCGCCGUCACACAGCUAUCAGCAACCGGCGCUACCGGCGUCACGGCCGGGCUCCGGGUUAUCCAGCGGCGGGGAGAAGCACGGCGGCGGGUAUAGCAGCCAGCAGCAGUACGUCGAGGCGAGCAGCAACCAAAAGUCCGUCACCCAGUCGUCGAAGAACAGCGUGGUGAUCAAAGUAGGGAUGGUGGGCGAUGCACAGAUCGGCAAGACCAGCCUGAUGGUCAAGUACGUCGAGGGAAGCUGGGAUGAAGAUUACAUCCAAACAUUAGGCGUCAACUUUAUGGAAAAAACCAUUUCGAUCCGCAACACGGAAAUCACCUUCUCCAUCUGGGAUCUGGGCGGCCAGCGCGAGUUUGUCAACAUGCUGCCCCUGGUGUGCAACGACGCGGUGGCCAUCCUGUUCAUGUUCGAUCUGACGCGCAAGAGCACCCUCAACUCGAUCAAGGAGUGGUACCGCCAGGGCCGCGGCUUCAACAAGACGGCAAUCCCCUUCCUCAUCGGCACCAAGUACGACCACUUUGUGAACUUUCCGCGGGAGGAUCAGGAGGAGAUCUCACUACAAGCGAAACGAUUUGCCAAGGCGAUGCGCGCCAGUCUCAUCUUCAGCAGCACCAGUCACAGCAUCAACGUGCAGAAGAUCUUCAAGAUCGUCCUGGCCAAGGCGUUCGAUCUCAAGUGCACCAUCCCCGAGAUUGAGAACAUCGGCGAGCCGCUGCUGCUCUACAAGUCCGUUUGAUUUGAUCAUCAUGUAGUAUGUACAUUUGACGAUUGACGUUGCCUGUCUUUGUCUCUUCCUGAAGCUUCUCCUCGGU